UGGAGGACAUAGUGUCCUUAAUCGACAAUGUUACGAUGCAACUAACUAGUGGCUUCCAUGACCAAACGCUGCAAAUGAAUGUGGUUACAAUGUGUAAUCAUUUGAAACUUUAUGCACAUCAACUAGAAGCUAUUUACAAAGAUCAGCUGGACAGAGCUUUUGUCGCAAUAAGGAAUGGAAGUCAAGACGAGAAACUAGAUCUGACGACUAGGGUUCACUUGUUGGAACUCAUAGAACUGCGAGCUAAACAAUGGCGUCACACAGACUCUAUGGAUGUAUAUUACACUCAUAAAUUAUCGCACCUUGAUAAUACAGAAGAAACACUUGCAAAUCCAUUGGCUUCACCUUUGAUGGUUGCUUCACCUACUGCUACUUCCAUACUUGGUCCUGGUGAAGUAAUAAAAAAUAGUGGCAAAUUUGCAAAGCCUACUCGGAUUCCUGGUAAAAAUUAUUGCAAAGAUGAAGUUGUUAUACGCAACAGUGAUUCUGGUAAAGUGAUGGGAAUAAAAGGGCGUCGUGUUCACAUGAUCGAAGAACUGAGCCAGACGAUCAUCUCCUUCCAGCGAGUAAACCCUGGGGCUAAAGAACGACUUGUCCAAAUAACUGGUACUUCCGAGGACAAGAUACAUUAUGCGAAGGAUUUAAUAAAGGAUACGAUUCAACGAAAUGCAUCCCCGAUACGAUUGGAGCAAGGUGGAGGAGAAAAAGGAGGUAUAGGAGGUUCAAGUUCUUCUUUAAAUAGUAGUGCAUCUGAAGAAAGUAAUCGAUUGCAGCAACAUCAACAACAGAAUUCUCGUUUGAGAAGUUCACUCCUUCAUAGCUUCUCCACCAACGACGCCAGUAUUGGCGAAUAUAAAUAUACAGUUACAGUCGACAAUCAAUCCCUUAAGAUUACAGGAACAAAUUUGGAUCUUGUUAGGACUGCAAAGUUAGUGUUGGAUGAAUACUUCUUAGGAGAUUCUGAGCAAUUUGGAAGUGGAAUAGAAUACUUUACCUUUGAUGAAAAACCUGUUUCUUCCGAUAAUAAUCUAUCACAAACGCCAUUAACUCCAAGUAAUACCGUUUCAUUAGGACGAGAAUUAAGUAUGGAUAGUACAGCUACUUCGGAAAGUGAAGAAACAUAUAAAUCACAUCUUGUUACAGAAAUUCAGUCAUCUGAUCAAGAUUCAAAAGUCAGAGAACUUACUUAUGAGUUCUUACUGCUAUGCUCUACAGGCCCUUAUGCAAAACGACCUCCUGCAAAUUGGGCUCGUAUACAAAAGGAAUGCCCGAAUAUUGUUCGUAAGGCACCGAUUCGCUGGUUCGAACCGGAGACAUACAAAGCAAAAGUAGCAGCAGCUGGUAUCAUUGCAAUAUUACCUGCUGGUGAAGGAGAAACAGACCCUGAGUGAGAUUAUAUUUUCAAAUCAUACUUAUAUAUUGCACUUUUAGAGAAACAAAACCUUUUAAUUUAUCUCAUGCCUUCUUGCGAAUGCAUUGUGAUAAUUUAUAUGAUAAUGGUAACAAAGAACAACUCUAAGUUACUUAUAAUUUUGCAGUUGUACUAAAAUAUGUAUUGUGAUUUAAUGGAAAUUUUACCGUAAAUUUUCAUUAAUCAACAUUUCAUUACAACGAAAUCACGUAGAUGUAGUUAUACUAAUAGUAUGAUGUUCUUAUAUACAAAUGCAAUUUUGAAUCUUACAAAGCAUUUAUGCUUGGUACGGAUGUAUCAGAACAAUUCAAAGUUGUAUAAAUAAUAAAAAUUCACGAUUUAUUGGUCAUAAUUAAUAUGACACGAGCUAGGUUAAUAAUAAAUAUCCAAUCUGAUUUAAAUUGUCAUCUAUCUUACAAUUAGUGAUACUAUUAAAACAAAUAAAAAAAACUAUUAAUAUGGACUGGCUGGGACCAUGUCAAACUAAAUACAAUCGAAAAUUAAAUAUAAAAGAUAUUAAAAAUAGUUUUCAAUUAAAAAUAUAUCACGUGAUUGUUUUUAUAUUUUUUGUUGUCUAAUUUUUGCAUCACUAAAGCUUGUUAACACGAGUAUUGCUGUAUCAUUAAAAUACUAUGAUUCUUAUUUAAUAUAAGAGAAAAAUAUAUUCAAAAUGAAAUGUUUUCAAUAUGUAAAUCAACAUAAUUUAACGAAAUGUGUAUAAUAAUGAGAAAUGGCAAUAUUUCGUGUAUUUAUGUUAUUUUUUUUCUUACUAUUUAUAUUUUGUUUAUUGAUAAUAUAAUGGCAGUUUGUUAAUUACAAUGAUGACAUUACAUGAUUUACACAUCGAUUUUUUAUUCUUAAAUGAAAUCGUGUUUGCAAGUGUUCUUCUAUUAGCAGAAUUCAUAUAAAAAUUAUAUCGUGUAAAUCUUUUUUAGAUAACCAAAUCAAAAGUUUCACGUUGUAAUUUGUCUGUGAAUAGAAAGUAGAGAUAUCCUUAUUUCUGUGAAUACAUGUUUUCUUGCUAUGUAAAGAAAGGAUGACCAUACAGAAUAGUGAUUUAUCAUAGUCUAGUCUAUUUAUCAAGUAUAAUGAAAAGUACGCCGAAACAGAGUUUAUUGAUAGAAUAAUUAUUCUGCUCUGACACAUCAACCAAAAUGUUAUAGUCAUAUAGAUCUUAUAUUUUAUAAACUAAAAUGCUAAUCCUAAUUGCAGUACUGAUUACGUCAACAUACUAAAAUAUUUUAUUGUGUCUGAAGUAUUGCUGAAAAAUUAGUAUUAAUAUUAUGAUGUUAUCAGAAUGAAAAUUAUCUCUCUUCUAUAAAUAUAGUAAAUACAUAAUAUAUAGUGAGAUAAAUGAGUACCAUUUUUAUAGAACGCAAUGUAAUUGUGCUGCAUAGUAAUUAUAAUGCUUUGUUUAUAAGUUUUUACACUAUUUAAUAUUUAUUAUAAAUUUGAGAGAUGCACUUAUUUUAAAUAAAUUAUUAUAAAGGAACA